AUGGCAUCAGUUGCUGAGAGCUCAUUCCCUCUUUUGUGUCAAAUCAAGAGUCAUCGUCGCGUCAAUUCGUCUACGUUGAGGAAUUCGAGUCUUGUUCGAGUUUCAUCUCCUGAUUUCCCUUCUGGGUCGCUCUCAUUUCGUGGCCUGAGCUUCGUUUUGGGUCAUCGAUGGAAGUGUGUGAGGCGUGUUGAGGCUACGGGUCCAGAUUCUUCCGAAACUGCAAGUGGUGAUGAGCAGGAAGAUGCGCUUCAAGCUACCAUUGAGAAGAGCAAGAAGGUUCUUGAUAUGCAAAGGAGCCUUCUUCAGCAGAUUGCUGAAAGGAGGAAGCUGGUCUCGUCUAUAAAAGAGAGCACACCUAAUUUGGAUGAUGGGAAAGCUUCUUCCAAAGAAGAGUAUGGUUCUUCUGUUAAUGCAAAUGUCGAUGCAACUAAGAAAGAAAAGAUGGAUGGAGACGGAAACGGUAGUGUUAGUCCAAGCAGUACUAGCAAGUCAUCUUUAAACAAAGAACCAGAAGCUAAGAGUUUAUCUCCUAGUAGCGGAUCCCUGAGGAAAAGCAAUCAAAGCUCAGCGUCUGCGAAAUCUUCUUCCCCUGUAACCUCUCCUCAGAAACCAUCCGAUGCAGUCAGUAAUGGGAAACCUUGGUCUAGCGUAGUAGCUUCCAGUCAAGAUCCUCCUUAUAAACCAUCUUCUACUGUGACCACUUCUGAGAAAACUUCUGAUCCUAUAACUUCUCCUGAAAAGCCGAGUAAAUCUCACGCUGGUGCAUUUUGGUCAGACCCACUACCAUCUUACCUGACUACUACAUCUGAAACAUCAACUGUAAAGACAGAGGACUACAUGGAAACAAAAGAGGAAAAAACUCUUGAACCAGCACUGGCUAGUAGUGAAACUAAUGAACCUGGGUGGGACAGAGAAAAGCCACCUCCACUGGCUGGAGCAAAUGUCAUGAAUGUGAUCUUGGUAGCAGCAGAGUGUGCUCCAUUUUCGAAAACAGGUGGCCUUGGAGAUGUAGCAGGUGCUUUGCCGAAGGCUUUGGCUCGGCGUGGACAUAGGGUUAUGGUUGUGGUUCCUCGGUAUGCGGAGUAUGCCGAAGCCAAAGAUGUAGGGGUGCGAAAGAGAUAUAAGGUGGCCGGGCAGGAUAUGGAAGUAUUGUACUUCCAUGCAUAUAUCGAUGGUGUGGAUUUUGUUUUCAUUGAUAGCCCUGUGUUUCGGCAUCUGAGUAAUAACAUUUACGGUGGAAACAGACUUGAUAUCUUGAAGCGGAUGGUUUUAUUUUGCAAGGCUGCUGUUGAGGUUCCUUGGUAUGUUCCUUGUGGAGGUGUGUGUUAUGGAGAUGGAAAUUUGGCUUUCAUAGCAAAUGAUUGGCACACUGCGUUGCUACCUGUUUACCUGAAAGCCUAUUACCGAGAUCACGGAAUAAUGAAAUACACCCGAUCUGUUCUUGUAAUCCAUAACAUUGCUCACCAGGGUCGGGGGCCGGUAGAUGAUUUCUCCUACGUGGAUUUACCGAGCCAUUACUUGGAUAGCUUCAGGUUAUAUGACCCUGUGGGAGGUGAGCACUUCAACAUUUUCGCGGCUGGUCUAAAAGCUGCGGAUAGAGUUCUCACUGUUAGCCAUGGAUAUUCCUGGGAGGUUAAGACCGUAGAAGGAGGUUGGGGUCUACAUAACAUCAUAAACGAAAACGACUGGAAAUUUAGAGGAAUUGUGAACGGUAUUGAUACAAAAGAAUGGAACCCAAAAUUUGAUAUUCACUUGCACUCUGAUGAGUAUACCAACUACUCCGUCGAGAAUCUUCACAUUGGUAAACCCCAAUGUAAAGCUGCAUUGCAGAAAGAGCUCGGUUUACCUGUUCGCCCUGAUGUUCCGCUGAUCAGUUUUAUCGGAAGAUUGGAUCACCAGAAAGGUGUUGAUUUGAUAGCUGAGGCGGUUCCAUGGAUGAUGAGUCAAGAUGUUCAGCUGGUUAUGCUAGGCACAGGUCGACCGGAUCUUGAAGAAGUCCUCAGACAAAUGGAGCAUCAAUACCGAGACAAAGCACGGGGAUGGGUGGGUUUCUCGGUUAAAACAGCUCAUAGAAUAACAGCUGGUGCAGACAUUUUGCUGAUGCCUUCGAGAUUCGAACCGUGUGGUCUAAACCAGCUUUACGCAAUGAACUAUGGAACCAUUCCGGUGGUCCAUGCCGUGGGAGGGUUGAGGGAUACAGUACAACAGUUUGACCCGUACAGUGAAACAGGUCUUGGUUGGACGUUUGACAGCGCGGAAACGGGUAAGCUGAUUCAUGCCUUGGGAAACUGUUUGUUGACAUAUAGAGAGUAUAAGGAGAGUUGGGAAGGGCUUCAGAGAAGAGGAAUGACACAAGAUUUGAGUUGGGAUAAUGCUGCAGAGAAGUACGAAGAAGUUCUUGUUGCUGCUAAGUACCAUUGGUGA